AUGGGUCGCAUGUAUGGCCAUGGCAAGGGCAUCGCCAGCUCGGCGAUCCCUUACAAGAGGACGCCCCCCACGUGGCUGAAGAUGAAGCCGGAGGACGUGUGCGAUCACAUUUGCAAGCUUGCCAAGAAGGGCCUCACACCAUCUCAGAUUGGUGUGACUCUUCGAGAUAGCUUCGGAGUGCCUCAGGUGAAGAACGUGACCGGAAACCACAUCCUCCGCAUCCUGAAGACCAACGGCCUGGCUCCCACCCUGCCGGAGGAUCUCUAUUACCUCAUCAAGAAGGCCGUGUCCAUCCGAAAGCACCUUGACAAGAACCGCAAGGACAAGGACGCCAAGUUCCGCCUCAUUUUGGUCGAGAGCAGAAUCCACCGACUUGCCAGGUACUACAAGCGUCCGCGCCUGAGUCACCUCACAAGGUCCGGUGGCGAGAAGUGCCAAAGGUGGCUCUCGGUCUGA